AUGGCACACGCCAACUUCGACCUCCGACAAUCAAGGCGGGACGCUUAUCGUCCACAACCCUCAUCAUCACCACCACCACCAUCUCUGCAGCACAACAUCAUGUCGAAAGCGAAAAUCACCUACGCCGACCUCGAAGGCCUCCUCAAGAAUGAUAACAAGGUCAAAGUAGCCGGCCUCGACGUCGACGGCAUCGUACGAGGCAAGUACGUCUCCAAGAAGAAGUUCCUCUCUGCUGCCAAGCCCGACUCGGAUUUUGGUUUCUGUUCGGUCAUCUUUGGAUGGGACAUGCACGACCUUGUCUACCCCACCGAGCUGCUCGUCUCCAACAAGGCGAAUGGGUAUCGUGACCUCUCCGCCAAGAUCGACCUCGACACGUUCCGUCGCAUUCCGUGGGAGGACAACAUGCCGUUCUUCCUGAUCCGCUUCUUCAACGCCGAUGGUACGCCGCUUUCCGUGUGUCCGAGGAACUUGCUGAGGUCCGUGACGAGCAGAGUCGACAAGGACCUCGGACUGCUCUGCAUGGCGGGUGCGGAAUUCGAAUACUUCCAGUUCGCAGAGACAGCACAGACCGUCGAGCAGAAAGGCUUUGUGAAACUCACACCCUUGACACCGGGAAAUCACGGCUACUCGAUGUUGCGCACCUCGCUCAACAAGGACUACUUCUUGCAGCUGUUCGACGACGCCGAAGCUUUUGGGAUUGACGUCGAGGGUCAUCACACCGAAACAGGUCCGGGAGUCUACGAGACCGCGCUCGCCUACACCGAGGUGACAUGCAUGGCAGACAUGGCGGUCCUGUACAAGCUGCUCGCGAAAUCCGUCGGGAUGCAGCACGGGAUCAUCCCGACCUUCAUGGCGAAACCGUGGGCGAACCUGGCGGGUUGUUCAGGGCACAUUCACGUUUCGCUCCGCGACGCAUCGACGGGCAAGAACGUGUUCGCUCUGUCUGCCGAGGAGAUCGCCGCGGGUGGCAGAGCGGAUGCAAAGUACGAGGAUGUCAAGUAUCUUUCCAAGAUCGGAGAGCAGUUCUUGGCGGGGGUCAUGACGGGGUUGCCGGAUAUCAUGCCGUUGCUGUGUCCUACGAUCAACUCGUACAAGCGGUUGACGACGGGGGAAGCGUACUGGGCGCCCAACAUUUGUUCGUACGGGUACGAUUCGAGGCUCGCGUCGGUGAGGAUUUUGGGUCCGCCUGAUGUUCCGGACUACGGCACGAGGUUUGAGGUCCGGGUACCCGGUGCGGAUCUCAAUGCGCAGUACGCCUUCGCCGCUGUAUUCGCGCUCGGACUCUACGGUAUCCAGCACGAGUUGGAGUUGCCGUUCGCACCGAUGGAUACGACAAGGAGUCUCAAGGAGCAGGAUCUGGUGUACCUGCCGACGUCGUUGGAAGCGGCGACGCAGAGGUUCAUGGCGGAAGGGAGUCUGGCGAGGAAGGUAUUGGGCGAUACGCUGGUGGAUCACUUUGGAGGGACUAGGUUGCACGAGGUGCAGCUGUUUAACCAGACCGUGACGAAUUGGGAGAUGGAGAGGUACAUGGAGCUGAUCUAG